UGUAGCCGUGCGCGCAGGUGGGUUUGAAGAAGUGUUGACCGAUUGACCAGAAGUUCUUCUUAAGCCACUGAAAAUGCACACUACGCGUAACAACAUUUAACUUAAUAUCCGAAAGCUCAAAUAGUGAUUCAGAUGUUUGGAAUUGCCUCUGAUCCCGGAGGAAUGCUCUAUUCUGUCGCGCGCCACUGUGAACUGGAUUAACCUGUUUAGGAAACCCACGUAAAACGCGAAUAGGACUGAAAGAGAAAGGCGAGAUCCAUUUUUCACCAGCUUCCAAGCUUCUGAGGGCUUCCAAGCUUCCAAGCUUCCGAUUCAUUGCGGACUAGCCUCGCCGCGGGGCAGUGGGACUGUAUCCGGAAGAUUGACACCUGUUAGUGGAUUUUUUUUUGGCUGCCUUUGCUACUCAGGAUCACCGACCGUAACCGGACCAGCCGCUUGCCUGGGACCCCAGGAUCGGAGACGAACUGGGCUGAAACAAUGCUCCGAAGUGUCAUGAGUAGAAGGCUAUGCUUUCUGUUCAAUAUUCUGGUUUGUGUGUACGCUGGGUUUGUGGAGCCGCCAGAAUCUUUCUCCCUGCGCUCGGUUGCUGAGACGGAGACGCGGUUGCCAUGCCGAUUCGAUCCUCAGGGGGAGAGUGUCGUGCAGGUGAACUGGAACAAGGAGCAAGCAGAUGGAAGCUCCGAGGUCAUCAUCACUGCCCACAGCACAGAGGGAACAGUGGUGGGCCGCUUGGCUACACGAGUGCGUUUCCAGUCACAGGACCCUCUGCGCGACUCCUCUCUUCUCAUCCUCAACACUGAGAUGUCAGACGAGGGACGCUACACUUGCCAGGUCAUCACCUACCCUUCCGGAACUUCCCAGAGGCCAAUCAGCCUCACCGUCUGGACAAUACCCAUCUCUUUAUUGGAGCCUGUGAUUUUGGAGGAGGGGCAAUCGUUUCGAGUCGCCGCCCUUUGUCGCUCUACGGCCCACCCACCACCCACUCUCUCCUGGGAUACUGACCUCCCUGGCCAAUCACAGAACAGGACGGGCGAGGGAGGGCGUGUCACUUCCCAGUUUUCCCUGCAUCCUUUGCGGAACAUGAAUGGCAGGAAGCUGGACUGCCUAGUGAGCCACCCUACUCUAGAGCGCCCCCACCGCAUCAGGAACACGCUGGAAGUGCACUUUCCUCCUAAUGCUGUGAUCAGUGGUUAUGAUGGCAACUGGUUUGUCGGACAGGAGAGCGUUGAACUCAACUGUGAGUUUGGAGGAAACCCCAAGGUAGAAAACAUCACCUGGACCAGGAGAGGUGGAAAUCUACCAGAUGAUAUAUCUGCCGAGGGGGGCCGGCUUGUCUUUGGUAGGCCGCUGGUCGCGACGGACGCAGGCGUCUAUGAAUGCGAGGCCAGGAACCGCAUCGGGACGGACAAAGGAGAGCUGCAGGUGACCGUGAGAGAGGGCACGCAGCGGCGUGAGGAACUGGUCAACACCUUCCCCACCAUCAUCGUGGCCGGGGUUGCUGGAGCCAUAGUGGUUAUCAUGGUGAUUGUCAUCAUCGUUGUGGUCCAUCACCAUAAACGCAAGAACAGGAUGUUGAAGAGGGAGCUUUGUGAGAGAACGGAAGAAAUUAACAGUAUGUCAAGACAGACCUCAUUAAGGAGACUAAACUCUACUGCCACAGACCUUAGAAGUCAGAUGGAUGAUGUGUUUGUCGCGACUAAAACCAGUAUGAUGUCUCUGGAGGAGUGUUCCCUACGCCAGCCACCAGGGGGAGUGUCAGAGCAGGAGCUGGAUAGUCUGGGCCGCCCCCCCAUUUACUCGAGCUUGCAGCACCCCAGAGACAGCUGCUCCUGGAGGGAUAAACAGAGGGAAGAGAGCAAGCGCCGUGUGGAGAGCUACCUCAAGAACAGUGACCACUCUCUGGACUCUGGGCUUCACUCCUCCCUGGUUCCUCCACUGACUUCAGAGGCCCCGCUGCUGGAGUCCCAGAGCCAUAGCCCCUUGGGGGGGACGGAGAGAGAGACGCAGCCCUGGACCUCCAGAGAGGGGGUAGUGGACGGACAGGCCGAUGGGUGGUCUACAGGAAUAAGGGUGGUGGAUGGCCAGCCGGAAGGUUGGCCGCAGAGAGAGAGGGUGGCAGAGGGGGUGGACGAGGAUGAUGACGCAACAAGCUCGAUCCAGAUCUCUGAGGCGCUGUCCAAUCACUUCCACUACAGCAAUGGGUUUCUGCGGCCCAAACCUCACCCCAAUGCAAUUAUUCUGCACCCUCGAGGGCAAAUCAUAUAACCCACCAGGGCAAAUCAAAUGGUGAACUAUCAAACCUCAUUCCCCCUCCAUUGGACCAGUGAGGGUACAUCAGAACUCUUUAUCCUCUUCAUCCUUUCUCAUCUAAUCAUGUUUGUACUCUGAAAAGUAUUAGGUUACUUUUUUACUGUUCGAAAUUAUUAUUUUUUUCACGCUCAAAGCUGCAGCAAAUGCUUCAGCCAGAGCUACUGGCUGGAUGAUGAGUUAGGGGCUCUAAUACCAUUAUUUUGGUCUAGACCCAGCCUGAAUCUCACUUGGAAACAAGAGUUCUGACUUAGAACUGGUAUGGUUCCAAGCAAGAACUGACACCAACUCUAAUCCAAAAUUGCCAAAGUUCCAACCUAGAACUGAGCAGUGGUAGCAUAGUGGAUAAGGAAAUGGGAUGGCAAACCAGAGUGUCAGGGGUCGUGGACAACGUUGUGACCUGGGCAAAGUACCUAACCAUGAGCUGCUCCAUGGUGCUGUCCCUACAACUGGUUUCUAAGGGCACAUUCGCACGAGACCCUUUGGUCCGGACCCGAGUUCGUUUGGACUGUUAAAUCGGUUAUUUUUGAUAAUGUGAAAGCAGCUGUUGAUAACGUAAUGUCCAUAUGAUUCUACUGCCUUUUUUGUGGCGUUGCCAAGCAGUAUUGGCAAAUAGAAGCCAGUGUUUAUGACAUAAAUGGACCCAGGUGCGCAAACUAUAUUGAUAGUGGCCAGCUGGGGCAGGGCUAGGAGGGAGUAAUCACACUCGGGUUCGGUCCAUUUAAACGGACCAAGUGUGAAGGCAACCUAAGUCACAAAGUCACUUAAAAACAUCCACUAAAAUUUAGUGGAUGUUUUUAAGUCUUUUAUUUGAUGCAUUUAGUGACUAAAUACAUCAAAUAAAAUACCAAAUAACUGUCAGAGUUCCAGCCUGGAACUAACAUGGUUCUGAUCCAGGACUAGCACAGCGGUGGCCCAGAGCUGGUGCGGAUUCCCCAGGCUGGAUUGGUUCCAGGAUCAGCUGCUAUGUGACUCCUAUUUGUUCAAUUGGUGUGACUUGAUAUCCUGGCAGUCACUGUGACUACAACUUGCACAACAACUUUUCAGUUAAGACAUUUUCAGUUGAGCUCCAUCACUGCUGCAAUGAAAUCGGACACUUAUUUCCACAGCUCUGUUUUCACCAAGUUGCCUAACAAUGUGAUUGUGCAACGUCAAUCACCAACUAUAGACAAGAUGAUGAAGUAAGGUAAUAAUUUGUGGUUGGAAGAACCUCAAUUGCAAACCUGCUCAGUGUGAUACAUCAAAAGACAGGCUAAGGUGAUGGAAGAACAUACACUCUACUCAUAUGGACAACUGAUUAACACCUACAGUUGUUACAGUUAUUACUACACUAGCCUAUUUUAAGGACUCAAGGCAAGCUGAAAAUAAGUCUUUCCUGUUAUAACAGCUCAAUGACUGUUAAGAGUGACAGCUAUAAGAUGAGUGCAUCUAUUUACAUUUGUCCUUUACAACAGAAUUUCUCCUGAGGAUUUGUAUAUAAGGAGUGACUAUUAGAUAAUGAGACUGAAUGUGUAAUUGUAAUGGGGGAAAACUCUUUAUACCCAUAUAACUUGUGUAUACUUGUAAUAAGUCUCAUUAUUUAAUAGUCACAACUAAUAUUUGUACUUUUAAACUACUCUUAGACUACUUUUUACUUGAUGCUACUGUAUUACCAUAUUUUCUUCAGAGUGCUGCAUAUGAAUAAAACAUUUUUUUAUUAUUUUUCUGUUAUUAGACAGUGUUACAUAUUUCAUGUAUUAAUGUGUAAUUGGUCCAAGGUCAAAAACAGGUGACUGAGGAUAACCUCUGUCAGCUGGAAAGGUACCAUGUCAGACACCUCGACACAGUCUGAAAGGCACUGAAGAAAGACAGCAGACAUGAUGCUAUGGUAUUAGCUGGGUGUUCCCAUCCUGCCUUGCGCAGUGAUUCACGCUGCUAAGGCAGUCUGGAAACACCCACAUUUUCGCCUGAUGUUGCCGACCAAUCACAGAACGGAGAAAGCAAGACCAUGAUGAGCUAUGCACAUCACGCAUUUGAUAGACAUCCGUGGCGCCCAAUGAACGGAUCUGGCAUUUUUUCAAAUACGAGAAAAUGAACGUCUGGUUGCCAGACCACGACUCAUUUGAUAAGUGGUAGGCGCUAGCCAGGCUACUAUGGUAUAGUCAGGAGAAUAAAAAAUGUACUGAUAAUAUUUAGUUUCAUUGCAAGUCACUCAACUCGAACACAGUUGUUUCAAGUCUGUCAUAAUUUCUCAUUAUUUAUUUAGCACUAACACGUGAUGAUGAUUUAGUGCUUAUGAAGUGCUACUACUGUGCUGUUAUAAUUGUGUUCAGAAUAAUAGAGGUAUGGUUUUUUUUUGUUUUGUUUUUUAAAGUUGAGUUGAGUUGCUAAUGUUUUUUUAAAUUAUUUAUUCACAUUGACCAUACCCAACAUGGGAGAAUGAGGGACGUAUUCUCGUGUUCCAGACAAAUGUCCAGCACUAAAAGACAGCUGCAGCUGCCCUGUGGCAUCCAUGUUCUCCCCAAAAAGAUUACAAACCUCCUUUGCGCUAGCCACUAAUUCGCACAUUGGGCGGGUGGACGUAUGGGAUUUACAAGACUAAGGAUAGCGGCAUUACUAUCUGCAACACCUACUUAUGUUGGAUCUUACAGACAGCUGAACCACA